AUGACGGAGGGCGGAAAGUCUUGUGAGCAGGGCUUUGGAAAAGGUGGCAUAAGCGGUAUUAGCACCCGCCAUGGCAUUGUUCAUCUGUCACUUCAAGAAGAUGGGAACACAUGUCAAAGUGCUUUUAGCCGUCCCCGUCCGGGGGUUUUGACAACGGCCACUUUCCAAAACUGUGGGAAUAUCCAUGAACCAGACAGCAAGUUUGCUCCUGUCACAGGCUUUGUAACCUCCAAUAGUAACCGUUCGCUCCGCGCUCAAUCGUCGCAGCUGUCGACACAGCUGGCACAAGGGAAGGAGGAAUAUGGUCAGGGUCACUUUGAGGAGAACGUUAGUAGCACCUCGAGGUUGCAGGACGAUGAAUUGCCGACCUCGGUACCUACUGGCUCCUCUCUAGGAAAGGGGGACGACGUGGUCCAGGCAGUAGGGGAAGGCGACCACGUAAAGCAAGGGCCCAAAGCCUGCGAGUCAACCCGCAAUCGAGACUCCAAUGAGCUUUCUCAAAACGCAGCUCAGUGCAGCCAUUCCUCGUCUUUGCGCUCUUCUCCUUCGCCUGCCCCUGUAUGCCAAGAUCAAACAACCGUAGGUGCCCCCUUUCCACAGAGUCGCUUUUAUUCCCGCAUUGGUUCUUCCCCCCGCUUGCGUCCGGUAACAAAUUGUCCGCCGCAACCAAUACCAGUAAAAAACUCUCAAUCUUCUCAUCCUACCUCGACUCAGCAUUCCGACAGCUGCGUCCCCGCAUCGUCAAGCAACACCAACUUCUCGGCUACACACUCGAUGUACUCUGGCCCUUUAUCAAUUGCUCCUAGUGCCGAGACUUUCCUCCUGGACCGUGCCCGACAACGAGGGCUAAUGGUAGUAUCUCCAUUCGACUCCAUUUCAACUUUCACGUCAUCCGCACAGUCGCCAGGUUCAGAGCGGGGAAUACCGAGCUAUCCCGAAUCUGGUCUUCAUUCUGGAUUUGAAUCAAGCUCUUCUGUACCUCCAAAGGUAUCUGGUGGGUGGACGUUCGCCUCCAUUGCAGCUGGUCCAGUCCGACCGUUGCAUACACACGGGUUCAUUGAAUACUCACCAGAGGACGAUAUCGAGGAGCGGAUCUCACCAGAUAGAGUUCAAGCGGGACGGACCCUGAUGAGCAUGGGCGGCUACUCCUCCGACUUUUCUGUAGCGUCUACCCCCAUAUCUACACAUCGCACCUGUGAAUUCAUCAUCCGUAUAUGGAAUGGGGAUGCGUUUGUAGGAGGUAGUGGGUUGGUCGGGAGCUACGGGAUAUACGACAAAGAUAUCGAAGAGCGGAAAAGUAAAGGCAAGGAGGCUAUCGAAGGAGCUUCUGGAUAUAAUCCAACGGCAAAGCUGCCAAUGCCUGUCCCGUCGUCAGUAAUCCAUGAGAUUACUUCCAAUUCAAUGACAUAUUUUGCGAGGACCGGUAUCUUACAACCAAAUACAGAGGAGUUGGUAGUAGACGUGGAUCAACGACUUGAAAAUUCGUUCCACCAAACACUAGUGGAUAUACAUCAUCUGGGCUUGAAGAGUGAACCAGGACAGGAUGAGGUGGACAUCAAAGUGGAAGAUUCAGUUCUAAGUUCUGGAGUGCUUAUACUCAACAGAAAUGCCGGUACGAGGGAAGCAAGGGUGCGAGAUCGGUCAAUGAACAGGACGCCACAGCUUAGCGACAUUUUAGCGUCCGGCGUCACUUCAAUCUCACCUGGAGAUAGCCAACUCGGAGCUGCGAGCGCGCACAUGCUCGUCUGCGAUGAGAACGAGACAAAGAGCCUAGACGAAGACGACAGAGUCUGCAAGGCUGGCGAUGUGACACAGGCCUUUCAAAACCCCGAAGACGAUUCUGAAAUCCUUUUAAUAUCCCUUCUCGAACCCGACCAUGUCUUCCAAACCGUUACCAAAGUUGCAGAGUGCCAGCCGGCUAAAGCCACCGCGAUAAUUGAUGCCGAGCUGGACCAUCUCCUCACCAUCAUGCAUUCCUUGGGGAUGAAGGAGGCAGAAAUCGCACUAUACACGUCAGAGUCAAUUCGCGAUAGCAAAAGUCGGGAGCAGGAUACCGACAGUGAGCAAUAUCAAGAGGAGGAAGAUUCCGAUUAUUCGGAACCCAAAGUACGGCGGCAACAGCCCAAAUCUCGCAAAAAGCGCAAAACAGACCUAGUUCUCAAAAGAAACAAAAAAGCGACCGCAAUGCCCGCCAAACACAGGUCCAUUCGCCGCGAUCAGCGUGAAUCCUCCGAAUCGUCCUUUGCAUUCACUACUUCCGAGAGCGAAUCCGAGCCAGAGCCACCCCCAGUAGAGUUCAAAAUUCCCCGGUCGCUUAGGGGAAAGGGAUAUAUAUGGCAAACACUGUUGCAGGAGCAGGCAGCAGGAUCCAAAAGCCAUGUAAAUUCGCGUUCGGCAACUUCAUCGGCCUCUUCCGGUUCAUCUUCUGUCCGCGCUACAAAGCACAGUAAGGGACAAGGAAAACCUUCUAGGGGAAGGCCCAAAAAGAACAGAGGCAGAGGUCAGCGGUGA